GCUGAAAGGAACUCAUAACCGAACCCGUACUGGCGUACUGCUGGAUGGAUCGGAACACGCCCAAGGACGUUGUACAGGGAGUAGGAGGAGCAGAACGCGGUGUGACUCCUUCUUAGCCCAAGACCGUUCGGCUCAUUCGACUCCCAACUCCCAAGGGCGUUGACGAACCAUUGCUUCUUCCUGCAGCCAUCUUCAGGUAACAGCUUCCUUUUUCAUUUUCUACAAGAAAAUUAAGGUAGUAACAUGAACACCGCACCCGUCGCGCCAAAGCCUAUGCCGCUUCAUUUAUUAGAAGAACUUACAAAUUAUUUCUCUCCGGACCGGAAACUUGGUGGCGGCACGUAUGGAGAUGUUUACCUGGGAGAGCAUAAAAAUGGAGAAAAGAUUGCCGUGAAGGUGCUUAAAGAAGGUCUGGACCUUGACGAUGAGGAAUUUCAGAAGGAGUAUCAAAACCUUGCAAAUCUUCACCACAAAAAUGUUGUCCGGUUAGUUGGAUAUUGCGAUGAAACUAAGGGAGAUUUUGUACCGUACAAGGAUGGGAUGGUUUUUGCUUAUAAGAUAAAAAGGAUGCUUUGCUUCGAUUAUAUGCACAAUGGAAGCCUUGAUAGUUUUAUUUAUGAUGAAUUUAAUGACCGUAAUUGGUGUACACGCUAUGCAAUAAUUAAGGGAAUAUGCGAGGGCUUGGAAUACCUUCAUGAGAAAUUAAAACCUCCUAUGUAUCAUUUAGAUUUAAAACCAGCCAAUAUAUUACUGGACGAGAACAUGUCAGCAAAAAUCGCAGAUUUCGGCGUGUCAAGGUUGUUCUUAGAAGAAAAAACAAGAAAGACAGAAACUGUUCUAGGAACACGUGGGUACAUACCGCCAGAGUACAUAAAUGAAGGUCUGAUCUCAACUAAGUUUGAUAUAUUCAGUCUGGGUGUCGUGAUCAUAAAGAUAAUGACCGGACGAGAGGGCUACUUCAGAAUUGCUGAAAUGCCUUCUCAACAAUUCAUUCGGCUCGUACAUAUGGACUGGAUGAAUAGGCUACAAGUGCUACCAGUGCACAUAUAUUCUGUACAAGUAAGGAGAUGCAUCGAAAUAGGUUUAAGUUGUGUGGAGGCUGAUCGACACAAAAGGCCAAGUAUUGGGUUAAUCGUCAGUGCUCUUAAUGAGACGGAAUCUUGUGUCCAGCUGUGCCCUUGCAUUACCAUCGAUGAUAUGCUGGAUGUCCUGAGAGAGAAAAUGAUCUCUUACCAACUCUCCAUAACUGACAACAGAAGUACGGCGCACUUAGUAACAAUAACAACCGCUUGUGAUCUGGAAGUUGGUACGUCAAAAUCCGAGGUCCGUUUUGCAAAUCAACCGGUCAGACCGAGAAUCAAGAUCAUAGACUACAGAGAGGAUCUGAGCCACGCGCUUAGCAUGGAUGCGCAUUCAACAAAGCCUUGGAUAUUGGUAUGUCAUGAUCGUGGCGAAGUCUCUAUUUGGAACCACCAGAACCAGAUAAGAGUGAUGGAAAUCCAGCUCAACAGUGAUGGGGAGUUUGCAGGACGGUUCUAUCUUGGGGGAGCUAAAUUCGUCGAGCCGCUGCAAGUAUUUGUGGCUGGUGAUAUAGUAGGAUUUAUCCAUGUUUAUUCUUACGAAAAAGUGGAGAGGCUGCGGAAGUUUAGAGCUCACACGAAAACCGUCACCUCACUGGCGGUUCACCCCAGUGAGCCAUUAGUGCUCUCGGCAUCUGGUGACAAGCUGAUCAAACUUUGGAACUGGGAGGCUGAUUGGCAGUGCAUAAGAACAUUCGAAGGACACUCGCGCCCUGUGUAUCAAGUCAAGUUCAACCCGCAGACUGCGGGAAACACUUUUGCUAGUUGCUCAGGAGACUCCACGAUAAAGAUAUGGAACAUGGAUUCUCCUACUCCCGUCGCCUCAUUCGUGUGCGAUCAAGGAUUUGCUUUCGCUCUUGAUUAUUUCUGCCCGGGCGGGGCUUUGCAGUAUUUGGUUGCACACACUGAGUUUAGAGGGAGUGCACAGAUCUGGGAUUUGCAGACAAAGACAUGUAUUAAAAUUAUCCACGGACUCCAAAGUACUUUCUGCAAUUCUGCUGUGGUUGAAGGACCCUCAAGUCGUCCGAUUCUGCUUACAGUGUCAGAGGACCACACUGUUGCUUUUUGUGAUUCAACAACUCACAGGUAUGAGAACAGGGUUAACUUUAAUUUGCAAGAUGUCCGGGGCUUCGCAUACAUUAAAAUGACAAAAAGCGUCGCCAUCUUAUGUCGGAACGGAAUUGCAAUAAUGGAAAUCGAUUGAUCUUCUACAAAGAUCUAGUUUCUAGCGAAUGUGACAACGAUGGCUUUCGAAGUUUACUCGGUACAGCACACUGUAUGAUGAAAAUCUUGGCUGUCCUUGUGGACCGUUUUGUAUCAGUCAUCAUGUACAUUUUUGCAUUGCGCAUUGUAAUUUUAGUGGAUACAAUCAUCUUCGUAAUAACGGAAACAGCAAAUGUUACCAAUAAAUUGGUGCAGCGCGUCGUGAAACAGAUAUAUAGAGAGAGAGAAGAGAAUAUGCGUCUCCGUUGUAGUAGCAGAGGAAACAGAGACCGUUCCUACCCCGGUGGCUGGUGUGACGGUCACAAAAGGCGAAUGUAAACACUGCCCACGAUACGACCCAUGCAUCUUCAACUGAAUUCCCGGGAUUGGAGCCAUCCGUUCCAAGUUCUUCGCUGACUGACUCCGUGCACCACGGCGUUCAGGUCGGACUCUAAUGUCGCCUCAUUGUACGGGCCCUUGCACUCGGAAUCUAAUAUCGCCUCGUCUGGUGAUUUGAGUAUUCAAGAUGGGUGAACAAAAUCUUUGUUCCAUUGGCUUGUCUCGGCCGACAUGUGCCGUGAGUCGUCGGAAGGCUCGCCGUUCAGGUGCGUGGUAUGCGUUUCCGGCUUGCAACUAGAGUACAGAAUGUGGUAUUCUUCGGUGUUAUGUCCGGUACAGAGGUUCACUGUUCAGUAUUUGGGCAUGUUAUAUAUAUUGAAGAAAACAACGCAGGGGCUUGAGGGUUUAUCUUCAUGGAACACCAGUAGACGCGCUUCACUAUGUAAUCUCAAUGUCGCAAGUUUCUCCCUUCACCUCAUAUUUCCAGCAUGCCUCGUGACAUAAUUGAUCAAUAAUAUAUUUUGUUAUGUAUCCUCAACAGUAGGGAUGUAAACGGAUCA